AGCGCAAAUGUCAAAAAUGGCAACUUGUCACUUGAAUUUAAUACGUGUUUGUUUUGAAAUUAAAUUCAAUUAAUUUCAUCUUUAGCUGACGUUAUAGACCAUUAUUAGUUUAAAAACAACUAUUAUAUAGCUGUAUCUAAAUCCCCAUAACCUCUUUCAUUAAUCAACUAGGUACAAAUAUUCAAACAGCUAUCGCAGUGCGGAUGGAGGCUAAACUAAGGGAGUACCGGGCACUAAGACGCCGUAAGGAACUUAUUGAGAACGCCAAGCAGAAGAUCGAGGAAUCCAAAGAGAAAUUAGUAAACUUCUUAGUGCCAAAAAUAAUUCGAGACAUGGGGAAAGUACAUGAGGACGAAGUCUUAUUGUUGGAAGAUGAGCAGCCACCACCAACAGACCACACAGUAGAAGAAAUCAAUGAUGUAGUCUCCGAAGUGAGCGAAGUAGAAUCAAUUGAAGAGCCUGAAGAAUCAUGGAGACAUUGUAUGAUCAGAUGGACAGUAUACCUAUGUUUAUGGGCGGUAUUCUGGGCAGUGUUCAUUCACCUACAGUUUGGUGCGGUGUACUUCGUAAUAACCGUAUUAAUAGGUAUCUAUCUCAACACUCGGACAAGACCGAGGAAGAAGGGAGAAGUGUCUGCAUAUAGUGUGUUUAACCAGAACUGUGUUAGUAUUGAUGGGACUUUGAAAGCGGAACAAUUUGAGAGGGAGAUUAUGUAUGGUGCAGGUAGGGUACGAAGUUUUUAGGGAGUGAUAAUAUAUUGUGUAAAUGUAUACUUAAUGGAUCUCGGACAAUAAAUCCUUAUAUUUUGUAAAAUCCUGUACGCUGCAUUAGGGAAAUGGACUUUUAAAAUGUGCAGAUUUGCUUGAUUAUUAAACGAUAAAUUAUUAACUUUUGUGUGUGACAAUUUAAGUUUUAGAUGUCUAUUGAUGUACAUUAAAUCGAAUUAUUAAAAAAUCAGUAAUAUCUGUUAAUUAAAUAUUAUGUUAAUAUUGGCUCACGUGUUUGACGAGGAACUCGACUACUAACAGCGCGACAGCCGCCGAGUCGUAUAUCGCAAAAUGCUGCGUAUGAAUAUGAGCCUGUAGCAUGGUUUGAAACUAAUUGAGUUUCUUGUCAAAUAGUAACGUGAGUAAGCUGGUAACAUAAUAAUUAAUUUUGUGUUUGUUUGUCACCGGUGGCUUGGACCAUACACCCACUACUGGUCGGCUCCUAUUUUUAUAUUUUUAAAUAUUAUUUUAUUUUGUAUGUGUAGUAUUUAAAAAUGUAAAUUUAGAGAAUUUUAAACAAAUAAAGAAAUUUUGUGUUUGUCACAAAAGUUAUUAUAGAAUAUCUGUUAAUCAUGCAAAAUUACUGAAGGGAUUUCGAUGGGAUGAUUUUUAUACCUCAUACAUGACCUGUAUUCAGUUAGACUAUUUAUAUUACGUUAAUCAGAUUCCAUAAAGAAUCUAUUGUCUAUAAGGCAAACCUGUAAAAAUAUUAAGAAAUACCAGUUUAUUUCAGAUAUUUUAUAAAAAAGAACCUUAUAAAGGCAGCUGCGUUGGGAGCCUUUAAUUCUUGAGCAAUAAGAAUGACUUUCGUUAAGUAUUUAGUUGUAGUCUGAAAGACUUUGCAAUAUUGUACUAGGCACCAAAUAGUCCAACCUGUUAAAAUGUGAAGUGAAAAAUAAUGCUAAUUAGAAACUCCUUGUUACCUUUACCAUAGUAUGCUUUUCAAUUUUAUCAAUAGAAAAGCAUACUAGUUAGAAAAUAUUGCCAUUUUCCAUGAAAUUGAAAACUUACAGUUAUAUGCUUUGAACUGUAUUACUGCCGCACUCAGAGACAUUCAAUGAUUACUUAAACUAUUCCUUAGUAACGAUUUUGUAUCGAAAACAAUUGCUAAGGACUGGGUUUAGUAACCAUUAAAUGACUCUGAGUGUGGCAGUUAAACUCUUAUGAUUAGCUAAUGGUGACCUAUAGGUGUAUAAGUUUAUUAAUUUAUUGUGUGCACAUAGUUUAUAAAUAAAAUUGAUAUUUUUGGCACUUUUAUAAUGCUGAAAUGAUAAUAGUUUAAUAAAAUCUAUUUUAAAGUA